AUGGCGAUGCCUGCACCAGAUGGAGUUGCAGGAGGAUCCCUUCAGGCCCUGAUAGGGAACCUGUCGGCAGCAGCGCAAGCUUUGGCAAGUGCUGCAGGUACAGGAAGUACCAGAAGUUACGACUCUGCAGCUAAGCUGGUGAAGAGUCCGGAUGUGUUCGCUCCAAAGAAUUUGGAGGAGGAAGUUUCACAGUGGCCAGAUUGGAGUUUCAGUUUCAAAGUGUUUGUGGGCUUCAUUGAUCCCACUUAUGCAGAAGAGUUGAAGAAAGUGGAGCUGGCACCACCAAAUCCAGCAGAUUAUACAGUUGGUGAAAGAGAGCGAAGUACAAAGCUGUAUGCGAUUUUGGCCUCGCAGAUCACAGCUGAAGCAGCGCGCCAAGCAAGAAGAGUAGAGAUGACACAAGAGUGGAACGAUGAGGAUGAAGAGCUCAACUUUGUGAGAUUGUGUCAGGAGUUUGAAGGUUUGGUUCAAGGAGAGCUGAGAAGAGUUGAGGAGUUUGAUAUCUCUUCGAGCGAUGAAGUGGAAGAGAUCGAGGAAGAACCUACUGAUGGUUUGAUGGAGUGGUACCAAGGAUGGUGGUUCUUGGAAACAGAAGUUGAAAGAAGUGUGAGAAUGGUUUCUGAAGGAGAUGAUGUGAGAAGAACAGCAAGAGAAGUGGAUGCAUGUGAGGUAGUGCUCGACAGUGGAGCUGACUGCCAUGUGUUGCCUAUGGAUUGGGCAGAAGAAGUCGGAGAAACUUCGAACUUUGAGUAUCAUCUGAAAGAUGCGCAAGGGAAAGUGAUCCCAACGUUGCCUGUGAGGCAGAAUGUGACGUUUGUUUUCACGAAGGAGUCUGGAAAGAAGUUGAAGAUCACUGACAGUGCUGUUUGCGGCAAUGUCACCCAACCUUUGUUUGCGGUAGGAAAGAUGUGGAAGCUAGGUUGGGGUACGGUGAAUGAAGAUGGAAGAUUGUGGUUGAAGAAAGGAAGUGUUCGGAUACCGAUAUACUUCAAAAGGCUGGAGCGAGAACUGAAGAAUGAGUUGAAGAGCAAAGAAGAUGAAGAUGGUUGGUUUGUGCUAAAUGACGGCACGCCUGCAAGGUUUGAUUGGUUUAUGGGGAAGACGUUUGACCCAACGGGAAAGAUGAAAAGAAGUGGAGAAAGAGUGUUGAAUGAAGUGGAUUGGAAGAGUAUGGAUUUCUUUGAGUGUACGGAGAUCUGGAAGGAUCGCGAAAGAGUGCAACUUGGGGCAAGUCCUCAAGCAAGGUUUGAGGUGAUGGUCACCUUGUUGGAAAAAGGAUUGAAGGAACCGAGCGACUAUGGGUUGCUCACGAAUUUGGAAGAGCUUGAAAGAGAACUGGCACAAGAAGGAGUGCCAAUGGAGGUCACAGGAAGCUCAAGUUCUUCUAGCAAGAGUUCGUCGCUAUCUGGAGCAACGCCAGAAGCAAUGGACGACGAGAGCGAUGACGAUGACGAUGAUCCAGGAGAGGUGAGAACAAAGAGAAAAGCAGAAGAUGAAUUGGUGCCCGAUGAAAUGACGUUGGAAGAGUUUCAAAGAGAAGUUGCAAAGAGGAAUGCAGAAGAAGAAGGAGAAGGUUCACCAAAGAAAGAACCAAGAGUAGACGAAGGAACUGGAGAGGUAGAAGAAAGAGUUGAAAAGGUGCCGAGACUUGGAGACGAAGCACGAGGAAGCGCGGCACGAGUGGAAUACCACAUUCGGAGAUUCGCCAAGAGCGAAGAUCCCGAAGAGCAUGGAGAUGAGUAUGUUGAUCUCGACGAGACACAGUUGUUUCUGGAAGAAAGUCGAGAGUUCCAGAGCAAGUGGAACGAGAAGGUGUGUGAGACAGAAGAGGACCUAACGGUCCACCGGCGCAACAACUUCGACUGGGUCAGGACCAAGAGGAAGAUGAAGUGA